AUGGCCAGUACCGUAAGGGACGAGCGUCAAUCACUGUUGAGCCAUAGCAAAGAUGAUAGACAGCAAGAUUGGAGACAUCUGAGCGUUAAGAGGAAGAGGGUGAUAGUGGCCACGGCACUACUGACCGGCUUUCUGUCUGCGUUGGACUUGACUAUUGUAGCCACUUGCAUCGCGACCAUCUCUUCAGAGCUGCAUUCGGCUGAUCAGGAAGCGUGGAUAGGUACCGCUUAUUUGUGGAGCAGUGUGACCUUCACUCCACUCUACGGUCGAUUGAGUGAUCUCAUCGGUCGCAGGGCUGCAUACAUUCAAGCAGUCUUCAUUUUCACGGUGGGAACUCUCGGUUGUGGUGUAGCUCCAAGCUUUUCCCUCCUCAUUGCAUCCCGAUUCAUAGCUGGAAUGGGUGGAGGCGGCAUUGGCACCGUAUCAAGUGUGUUGAUGGCAGAUGUCUUCACUCCAGCAGAGCAAGGCUUUUAUCAAGGUCUAGAAUUUGCGGUCUGGGGUGCUGGUACCGGGUUAGGCGGACCUAUUGGUGGAGCAUUGACACAGAUGUUUGGGUGGAGAGCCGCUUUUUAUGCACAAGUACCUGUGGCUGUUGUCGCCCUCGUUACCAUACCCAUAGCUAUACCUGGUACUCAGCAGAGUCAUUACGACUUGAAAUCCCUACGGUUGAUAGAUUUUGGAGGAGCAGUGACCCUGUUGAUAUCGAUUGGAUGUCUCUUACAAUUACUGUCCAGAGCUGGGGGAAGUACACCUAUCCACCAAGACAUAUUGAGCCUUUUCUUGGCUAUACUGUCGCCUGUCUUCUUCGGUGCUUUUAUCUAUGUCGAGCUGAAAAUAGCUAAAAGACCGGUUCUGCCUUUGUCCCUGCUUAAAAGACGAACGCCGCUAUGCGUAGGAAUCAUCGCUGGUGUCAUAGCGAUCGUGAACUUCAACAUGACCUAUCAUCUCCCGAUGGUCUUUGAGAUUGUUUUUCAGCAGCCACUCGCCGUUGCCGGCGCACACUUGUUACCAAACUCUAUCGCCAUGUCUGUAUCGGCUCCAAUCAUGGGUUACAUUUGUAGAAGAACUCUUCAUUUCAAAUGGCUCACUGUACUCAAUUGCGCUGGACCUUUGCUGUCUAUGGCAAUGUUCGUGUUCUUACGGGAAGACUCCUCAUUGGCCGCUCAGUGGCUAAGCGUUGUGCCGAUGGGACUAGGAUUCAGUGGAUUGCUCACUUUGACCUUGGUUGGCAUGCUCAAUUCGGUGGAUGUCGAUGACAUCGCGACUGCGACCGGGUUCGUAUUCGUCUGGCGGAGUCUGGGUCAAGUUUUCGGAGUUGGUUUGUCUAGUGCAGUAUUUCAAGUGUCCCUGGCAGAACAGCUGGACAGGAGAUUCGAUUCACCAGAUAUCAUUGACAAGCUGCGGCAUGUUUUCCACGCUAUUGAUGAUCUUCCGAAAGCGUGGCAGCGCGAUACUGCAAGAGAAGCUUUCAGAAUUGCUCUUCGUAAUACUUUCAUCUUUGGUUUGAUUGGAGCGACAUUGGUCUUCAUAACGUCACUUUUUCUCACCGACGAUAGGCUGAAAGGCCCGGAGGAUGGGUCGAUUUUUGCUAUUCCAGGAACAGACGAGCCUCCGGAUAGCUAG